UAGGUUGAGUUAACCAUGGUGUUUGUUAAUGUGACGGUGGACGUGCCAUCAUCAUCCUCUUCUGAUAAGCCUCAUCAUCCUCCUGGUCAUCCACUCCAUGAACUCUCUAAGAAAUCAUCGUUUAGGGUUAUCUCCAAAGUUGACCACAAUUUCAAUCUAACCAUCAAAGGUGGCAAAGUUCUUCUUGCCCGCUCUAACCCAAAGGAUCUGCAUCAGCACUGGUACAAAGAGGAGAAAUACGGCGGGACGGUGAAGGAUCAAAAUGGCCACCCUAGCUUUGCUCUGGUUAAUAAAGCUACUGGUCAGGCCCUCAAACACUCCAAGGGACACACUCAUCCUAUGGAGUUGGUUGCUUACAAUCCAAAGAUUAUGGAUAUGUCAAUAUUGUGGACGCAAGGUGCAGACUGGGGUGAUGACUACAGAGUGAUUAGGAUGGUUAAUAAUACUGGAUUGCAUAUCGAUGCUGCUGGUGCGGACAUUAAUGGUGCACAUGAUGGCACCAACAUUGUGUGCUGGAACUGGAAUCGUGGAAAUCCUAAGCAGCUGUGGAAAAUUGCCCAUUUCUGACGAUUUGAUGGGCUUUCCAUUAGUAGAAGCUGGUCACGUUCGUAUUUGUGCUUGGGGAUACAUGGGUUCCUGAAGACGAUCGAUUUCAUUGCUUUUAUGUGUGUUUAAUUCCUCGUUUCUUUUGAGCAAAACCUUUCACAGUUUUCAUU